ACAGCUAAAUGAGGCCCUCGAGAGCGUACGAAGUCUCGCGAUAUUUCAACGGAGGCGUCAGGCACCGGCAGCCGCGGCAGUGACGGUUGACUUCGCCAAGGCGUAGCUGGCAAGAUGCGGUGAAGGCGGUGACGGUUUUCCCUCAGACUGCGCCUGCAUGGCUGGAAACAUGAGCUCUCCGGAUGAGGUGUCUUCUCGGGGGGACAAUUUGGGGCCAGAAAGUGGGGAGCACUCAGAAAGACGCCGUUUUGCCCAUGGAUUCCCAAGAGGACACGACGUAGGCCCUGAGGAGAAGCUGUUACGUAGCGGAGGGGACAAAACGUGUCUCCCGGUCUCCAAGACUUCCCAGUAUGAGUCCUGGUUAGACAAGGAGGAUAUGGAGGGAAGGUCAGUGGUUUGGGGCUGCGAAGGUCGGCCUGGCACUCCAGUGGAUGACAGAGGGGACGGUUUAGACUUUGCCCAGCAGCUGGCUGUAGAAGGUACAAGCUUCGGGCAGCAUGUAGCCAACCGGGAGGCCUGGGGUGUCCACAGAUAUCCGUCCCCACAAAUGUGUGCUGCGGAGCCCUUUAGCAUUUGGGGAGACCCAGACGCAAGCAUGCUCAGGAGAAGCACGCGGCCUCUGACCUCAAUGGAAGGAAGGCAGUUCGCAGCUACCCAACAGCACUCCAGAGGUCUGGGGCGAGGCAGGGCCUGGAUGACCCCAAGAAGAAGUGCCACAAGUAGGGUGGUAACCAGUGAUGAUACUCAAUAUCCAUCCUCCGACCCUGACUCUUCUGAUGAGUUCAGUGAGAUACAGAUGAUGAGGGUAACCAUUUGUCUCAAAGAAGCAAGCCAGCCCAAGUCCACUGGCCUCACUGAGCUGGAAGAUCCAGCUAGACACACGAAUGUCCAUGGCAGGGAAAGUUUUGCCCAUGUGCCUCCCUCUUUGCCGUCCACUACUCCAAGAGGGCUCAGUUCAGGCAUAGAAAAGCAGGCUUCAGGAGACUAUGAAAGCUCUUUCACUAAGAAAAAACAAAGUGUGGUUUGGGGGAAAGAAGGGAGCAGGCCCAGCCACCAAGGAGCUACUGCAGCUGCUGCUGCCACUGCCAGUGCCUCUGCCACUGCCUCUAUUGCUGCCCAUGGCCCGGUUGCUGUUGCUUCCGGUGGCUUGCACAAGACCAGUCCUAGAAAGAAGCCAGCCCAGGAGAAGCCAUUUCAGUGGGAUGCCUCAAGAGGACCCAUAGGGAGAACCUUCCCACCAUGGGGACAGAGACUCAAAUCAGCUCCUGUAGAACCAUCCACUUUUCCCCCAAUCUCAGGGGUUGCCCUGCUAGGGAAGGCCAGUAAAUGCUCACUGCCUUCAGGGCCCAAAGAGUUCAAGUCCUUCUACACUGGGAAGAAAUCCAUGACAAAGAAGACAAGGGAGACACAGUCAGGGCCCAAAGAAGAUCAUAACACAUCAAGAGAUCUUGGCCUGCAGGCCCAAGUGAGUGAACAGGAUCCACUUAUGGGUCCCAUACUCCCUACUGAAGAAAGUGAGCAAGUACUACAAGGGACACCAGGUUGUGCUCAGUGUCUGAUGUUACAGAAGGAAAUAGAUGAACUCAAGGAACAACUAGCGAUCAUGCAGGCCCUCAACGAAAAGUUCCAGAAUCUUUGAAGUUGGAGCCAGAGUCUCCCCCCACAGAAGAGGCCAAACUACUACCCCAUGGAUCCUGCUUCCUUCCAGUUC